CAGACAACAGAAAAAGCAUGUAAAAAGUCUUUCUCAAACAGCUCAAAUUUGUAGGAAUUUGAGCUUAAAUGGAAUCUAAAGCUCAAGUUUCUUCCAUUUCAAUGGAAGAAUCGAGCUUUGAAAUCCCUAUUGAACUCAUCACUGAAAUACUCUCAAGGCUACCAGUGAAAUCUCUCCUACGAUUCAGCAACAGGAUCAAUAAUUUGUUCAAUCAUCUGGCCAACACUCUGAUCAUCUCCAACUUGGCAAUAAUAUUAUCAGGAAUAGAGAAAAUCGGAGGGUAUAUGGCGAUUCUCAAGGCUUGUUUUUUAAUCAGGGGAAGAACAGCAACAUCAUUAUCAUUGGCCUUGAUUGUCAACUUGGCCCUAGCUGGAGUUGAAGCUCUAUUUCAAUACAGAAUUGUCAGAGCUUAUCAUCACAAAAGAACAAGGCUUUCUUCUAUUGCUUUGGAAGGAAUGUUCAUUGCUUAUUUGUAUUCCAUUCUUCUGGUUCUUGAUACCAUUUCCAGUUGUGUUUUCUUAAAAAUCUAUAAGACAGAUUGCCAGAGGGAUGAAGAGGGAAGUUUCCCGUAUCAAAUUGCGAUUGAAGACAGAGAUAGCCAUGCAGUUCUGAGGAUUAAGACUUUAGAGGAGCUUUAAUUUUUUUGAAUAUUUCAACAGAUUCUGUAUUAUGUUACAAUUGUCAUAUACUAGAAAAUAUUGUUUCAAACACGAAAAAGAGGAAGCAAUUUUCCAGUUUA